UUAGUCUCAUUCAUCCUCAUAGGCGUGGCAGCCUACGCCAAGGCUAUGGCGGUGGUCACCAGCCUGGCCCUGGUGGGGGGGAUCAUUGCCUGCGGAGUGUUCUUACUACUGAUAGCCAUCAUAGGACUCAUUGGAGCUAUCAAGCACCACCAGGUGCUGCUUUUCUUUUACAUGUUGAUUCUUUUCCUGUUGUUCCUAGUCCAGUUUGCAAUUUCAUGCGCGUGCUUGGCCGUCAAUGAGUCACAGCAGCAGCAGAUUGCACAGGCAGCGUGGAAGAUAGCAGAGGAUGACCUGAAAAUGAAAAUCCAGGAAUUAUUUGAAUGCUGUGGCUUUGAUACAUCCUCCCAGGCUCUGCCGGCUAAUGACUCCAUGUCUCAUCCAGACUGUUUGAAGAUAAAAGGUUGCGUGAGUUCAGGUGCGAGUGAGUUCUGCUGUAAUCUGGUGAAUGGGUCCAAGGACUCCUGCCCAGUAGAACCCUGCUUCAACAACUUACGCAAUGACAUCCAGACUGCCUUUAAAAUAUCAGGAGGCAUCGGACUGUUCUUCAGUUUUACAGAGAUCUUGGGGGUGUGGCUAACGGUCCGGUAUCGUAACCAGCGAGACCCAAAAUCGAGUGCUAGUGCAUUUUUAUCGUAGGAGUUUGGUUAGCCAUCAGAUUUAGGAACCAGAAAGACCCAAGAGCCAAUCCCAAUGCCUUUUUAUAGCAGUAAAUGAAUGAUAGGA